AUUAUUUCAACAAAUGAAAAUCGAAAAGUAACCUUAUAAAAUUAAAUUUUUCACAAAAAUCUGCGAAAAUUAAUAGAAAAAAAAAAAAAAAUGGAAAACAAUAAGAAAAAUAAAUUGAAAAUUAUUCGAAAAAAAUAGAAAAAAGAAAAAAAAUGUGUUUGGCAAUAGCAAUAAAUGAAAUUGAAUUUCAAGAGCCACCAUUUGAAACAAUGUAUCCUGAAUGUAUUGAAUUUGAUGAAAUUUAUGAUAAAUUCAGUAAUGUCUCAUUAGAAACAUUUAACAAUUUCGAUAGUGGAAAUCAAUCACAAUAUUUUAAUGAAGAAAAAAUUGAAACAAGAGAAAAUAAUUAUUCCAAUUUAAUUGAAAAUGAUAGAAGAAAAAAGAAAAAAACUUCAUCUAAAUUGACAAAUACACAUGUGAAAACAGUUGAAGUUUCCGUUAAUACUGAUUGUACAUCGAGAACCUGUUUGAAAAAUAUAUAACAAAAAAAAAAUAUGUAAAAUAAUAUUAAUCACUACUGCUAUCAACAUUGCCAUUAAAAUUAAUUAAUAAAUUAAUUAACAUAAAUUAAUGAAAGUAAUUUUAAUAAACAUUUUCUUUAUUUAUUUAAUAUAAGCUUUCAAUUAUUAAAUAAAUAAAAAAAUGAAUUUAAAAUACAAAUUUUUAGGAAUUUUAAUUUAAAUUUUUCUGUAUAACAAUAAUUUUUUAUAAUUUAAAAUAAAAUAAAGGGACUAAAAAAAUAAAUUUUAAUAAAACAAAAUAUAAAAAAAGA